AUGGCGCCAACCGUCCCUCAAGAGGUGGAGUCGUCGGGGUCCCGAUCGACGCGACGGUCCUAUUCCGCACGACGCCCUCGUGGCAUGCCCGCAUCUGCGGCCGCACCUUCCUCUCCAGAGGAAGCGGCUGCCGGAGAUUCAAUUGGCGCACAGUUGGUGACUCCCGAGCCUGCUUCAGCUUCAACUGCCGGAGGGAAAGCUUUGCCAGCUUCAACUGCCGGCGGGGAAGAGUUGACAGCUCCAGCUUCACCUGCCGGAGGGGAAGAGGUGGAGCCUAUGCUGGAGCCUGAGGAUACUGCUGCGGGUGCCAUGCUGGAGCCUGAGGAUACUGCUGCUGCAGGUGCCUUUUUACCCAACUCCUCUCCCCUCCGUAUGCCGUACCUGCUGGAGCAGGAUUCAAACGGACAACUCUGCGAAGAACAAUCCCCUGACCCGGACCCAGUGCUGAUGGAACCCUACUGGAAGGCGGAAAAAGAGUACUUUGACAAGAUAGCUCAAAUAACGAAGCUUCCCACACUGGAUUCAGACACUGCUACUAGUCCAAAUAUUAUUCAAGAAAGUGAAGCAGAUACCAUCCUUAAAGCAUCAGAGUUUGUUUUAGGGCUCUCCUCAUAUAUUGAUGGUGAGUUACUAAGAAACUGCUCUGGCAUUUUGAUGGAGUGGAGUAAGGGCGCUGGAACCAUUCUAACAACAUCGCAACUCAUCUGCUCAAGAUCUCCAAAUGUGGAUGAGUGGUUAGGCGGAGAAUCCGGAGAUGAAUAUGCUCUAAAUGCUGAGGUCCGUGUUCAGUUAUUGCAUAAGGAUGAUUUUGGGAAGGGUGAAUUGAUGUAUUUAGAUAAGCAAUAUGAUUUUGCCGUGUUCCGUGUACUCAUGGAUGAACCAAAGAAGUUACCUCGUUUCAGCAAUGAACGGUUUGCUCAGGAUGUUUUCCUUCUUGGAAGAUAUGAGUUGAAUUUACAAAUAGGUAAUGGCAAAGUGCUGAGCAAAGGUGCAGGCAAGUUUCAACAUCACCAUUACAUGUACACCGAUGGUCAUAUCUCUCCGUUUGGUGCUGGAGGGGCAGUUAUAAACUUUGAAGGAGAUGUUACUGGAAUGAUAACUAGUUCCAUACAUUUCAUACCUUCUUCAAUCAUUCGAAAGUGUUUGGAGAUUUGGAGGACAUACAGUCAUGUACCUCGGAUCCAUCUUGGGAUGAAGCUUUUUGGCAUCAAAUGUUUAAACCUUGUCAGUAAAGAGAAGAUAUCUCGGAAGUAUAAUGUUGAUGCCGGUCUUAUCGUCAAAGAGGUGUCAGCAGAAUCUAAUGCUGAGAAACUUGGUGUUAGGAUGGGUGAUAUUAUUCUAUCCGUGAAUGGUGAAGUCAUUGCUACUGCAGUUGAGUUGGAGAAUAAGUUGCUAGAUAUAAGCAAGGCCCUUUUGGAAAAAGGAAUUGUCCCUGGCUCCGGCGUGGAUGUAACGUUAGCGCUCGGCGUAUUCAACACCACCAAAUGUGCCCGUGGCAGAAUACUGUUAAGAGCAAAACUGUCAAAUGAUGAGGAAAUCAUCGAAGAAGGCUGCUCAGUCGUCUCCUUGAAGAACUUGCAAUUGUUUGUCUAUGGGUAG